AACAUGAAGUGACGUAUUUUACGUAAAUGCAUCCGGGUAACUCGGUACUACAAUGGCGACAAUGAAUCAGGCUUUUGGUAGUACAGAAUCUACAACAUCGUAUUCGCAACAGCCAACUGAUCGUUUGAAGUUGUUGUACCCCACGGUGAAUGAAGAAGAAACUCCUCUUCCGCGUUCUUGGAGCCCAAAGGACAAAUUCACGUACAUAGGCUUGUCACAAAACAAUCUUCGAGUACACUAUAAAGGCGUUGGCAAGAACCACAAAGAUGCUGCUAGCGUUCGUGCCACGCACCCAAUUCCUGCAGCAUGUGGCCUAUAUUACUUCGAAGUGAAGAUCGUCAGUAAGGGCAGAGAUGGCUACAUGGGUGUGGGCCUGUCCGCUCAGGGUGUCAACAUGAACAGACUUCCUGGUUGGGACAAACAUUCAUAUGGUUAUCAUGGUGAUGAUGGCCAUAGUUUUUGCUCUAGUGGUACAGGCCAGCCUUAUGGCCCAACAUUUACAACCGGUGAUGUGAUUGGGUGUGGUGUCAACCUUAUUGACAACUUGUGCUUCUACACAAAGAAUGGCCAUAACCUCGGGGUUGCCUUUACAGACUUACCGCCCAAUUUGUACCCUACAGUUGGUUUGCAAACACCAGGUGAGGUGGUGGAUGCAAAUUUUGGACAGUCUCCCUUUGUCUUUGAUAUUGAAGACAUGAUGAAGGAGCUGAUGAUGCGGACGAGGACUACAAUAGAAAGGUUUCCAGUCAACGACAAGCAAGGUGAAUGGCAGACUACAUUACACAGAGUUGUCCAGACUUACCUGAUUCACCAUGGUUAUUGUGCCACAGCAGAAGCCUUUGCUCGAAGUACUGGCCAGUCAUUUGACGAAGACCUUUCUUCCAUUAAAAAUCGGCAAAGAAUCCAGAAGUUGGUGCUGGCAGGUCGAGUUGGAGAGGCCAUUGAGACAACACAGAGGCUCUACCCUGGUCUGCUGGAAAACAAUCCCAACUUGCUGUUCCUUCUGCGCUGCCGCCAGUUUGUCGAAAUGGUUAAUGGUACAGACAGUGAAGUGCGACCAGCUCGGCGCUCACCUGGCUCCAGUCCACGGUUAUUACUGCUUAGUUCAUCACCAAAGUCAACAGGAAGUGAUGUGGCCUCCAAUGGAGUGGCAGCCUCGGACAGCAGCACAGCAAAUGGGGACACAGCACUAAAUGGGGACCACAAUGAUGAUGAUUGUGGAACGGACAUGGUUGUGGAGGGCAGUGAGGGAAGGACAAUGGUGGCCAAUGGGCUAGACCCAGACAGUCGGCAGCACAAUGGUCACUUCCAUCGGCUAGACCUUGGGGAUACAGAUAUGGAGGUUGACCCACCAAAGCGGCAACUCUGUGGGGGCAAUCAAGCAGCUAUGGAGCGUAUGCUACAGUUUGGCCGUGAGCUUCAUCUGAUGAGUGUUCAGCUCAAGCACCAGUAUGGAACAAACAAAGCCAACCGAAAGAUGAUCCAGGAUGCCUUCAGCUUGCUAGCCUAUGCAGAUCCCUGGAGCAGUCCCGUUGGAUACCAGCUUGACCCUGUUGAAAGGGAACCUGUGUGUGCGGCGCUCAACAGUGCAAUUUUAGAAUCUCAGAAGUUGCCCCGUCGCCCACCACUGGAGCUUGUAAUUGCUCACUCCCGAGAACUACUCAAGCUGAUGUCCAAGGCAGGCCUGGGAUCGUGCGCCUUUGCCAACAUUGACUCACUCUUGCAGUGAUUGUGACAUUUUUGCUGCCGUGUAAUUAUCACUGGAUGCCACUUUUUUUUACAAGCCAAUCUGCUGACUACCUGUGCAGAGAGCCCUCCCUGUCUCCAAGAAAAGAGAUAUUACGAAGCUCCAACCAUCUGCCAGAAAGUUCUUGAGCCUUGGCCAAGACAGAGGACUAUUUCAAACAGUUAAGAUUUCAGGCAAUUCAGGUCCUACAUGAAUGGCAUCACAUAAUUGUUUAGAAUUAAGAGAAAUUUAUUUGCUCAGGCCACCAUUUGUUUUAACUUUGCUCUAAUGGAGGAGUGAUGUCUUGAUAUUUUGUCACUUUCUGUUUGACAGCAGUACCUGCCUUGUUUGAAAGGGGAAAUGGCUUGAUGUAGUGGCAGUGGUGAUUUGUGGCCUUCGUUGCAUCACUUCUUUUAUGCUUAGUGGGAAGGCAUUGUUAUACAUGGCGUGAGAAAAAUGGACCAUGAAAGGCUGCUGCUAUGCAUGAUGUCAUUGUGAAGGAAUAAAAAUUAAGGCAAAUGUUUUCAAAAUUCCAGGUAAUUGUGCAACAGCCAGUAUUGUGUACACAUUACAUACAGGUGAUUACAUUAGUGUUGGUCUUCUCACUAUGAGAUGAGUACUAUUGUAGUUAACUUUGGUGUGGUUGAAGAAAAAGUUAUGCACAGUGAGGUCUGCAGUGUGCCAAAUACUGGUACCAGACCAGUUGACUUGACAGCAAGGUGCAAGCAGCUUUUUGCUUUUGUAAGUGUGAUGCGAAAUGCCAUUAAAAAGAAGCUUAGAAAGGUCAAACAAUGCUAGUUUGUCCUGUGGUACUCGCCUGACUCACUCUGUGACUUUUAGUACUUGCCUUAUUUGUAAGCUCUCUCUCUCUCUCUCAUUAUGAAGUGCUGAAAUGUUAGCUGGUUGUUUUGGCAUCACAAAAGGCCUGUGUUAAUUGCUAUUUGGUGGGCAUAGUGCAUCAGAUUGCAAGUUUGCCAAGUGAAUGUUUGUAGGUGAGCUCCUAUAGAGUCAUGUGAUCGCAUCAUUCAUCAAGAAAUGUGCAGAAAGACCUCUUGGUAUUUUGUAUGCAAUGGAUAUGUGAAUGUCAUUCUUCUUUUAUUGCAUAGUGGCAUAUAUAAGGUAUAUUUUAUCCUGCACAUGUCCAAAUCCAAUUCCAAAGAGCCGCCAGACUAGUUGUGCAUUGCACAGAAUCUUGACCGAAACAACAAUUUUGCAGACAGCAGAUAUCGUGCCCACCAAACCUGUGCAUGGCACAUAAUCUUGAAUAAAACUGCAGUUUUGCAGCCAUCAAAUACCUUUAAAAAAAUGCCACUUUUGUUGCUUAAUAGUGUGCCUGUGUUGUGUUGUUUUUCAGGCCAUAGAGGGACUUGCAUAUUUAUCCCAGCAACCUUGGAGAGUUAGUUCUCAUAUGUCCCUAUUUUGUUUUCGAAAUAUAUGUAUUUUUGAAGUAUAAUUUGUUUUUGACUAAUGUUCGUACUUGCUGUGGUUAUCAUAAUUAGUAGACUUUUGCUGUCAUGUUUAAACCUGGCCAGAAAAAUCGAGACUCUGCCAGCUGAAUGGAUGGAUGGUCGGACAUUGCAAGUUGCAGUGAAAUGACUGAACAAUGCACAGUGGAGGGAAUCAGUGUGGUUUCCAUCUAUACUUGUCAGGGCUGGCUUUCCUAUGGCCAUUUUCACAGGCAACAGUUUCUCAUUGACUUUGCAGACAAGAUCAAUGUUAAAAUGACUGGUUAUAAAAUAACCUAAAAAUUCUAUAUCGGCUGCAUGAAGUAAGCAAGAUUAGGCCAGGGGUAUAUGUAGAACAGUUUUCCAAAACUGUUUGAGACAAAAUAUGCUGGUCCCUGUAUAUUCCGCAAAAUUUAUUUCUCAUUCGUUGCUUUUCACCGAGUUUUAGCUUUGUCUUGCUAGCAAUGUUGACAGAGAAGUGUAAUAAUGCGAUUUGCUGUUCAUGUUCCUCAAGGCUCUUACUUGCCUUGAAGGACAUGGUUGUAACCUAGGAGAAAUAUUUGUUUUUGGUUGUGCUUUGUUUUUAAGUUUAAAUGUCAGCAUGCCCCAGUGCUUCAAAAUGUCUGUAUUUACAAACUUAACAAGAAGUGUGGGCCUUACUUUGCAGUUUUAUUUUGUCUUUUUAUUAUCACCAGUGCUUUGUCAUUCGGCUAAGAUGAUAUACAAAGAAAUCCUGUUACAUGCUUAAAAUGUCAUGUCAUUUUCUGUAGCUCGUGUGAAGUUAACAGUCUGUUUCUUUACUCCUUCACUAGUCACCAUUUGCGUCCACUCUGUUUGCUCAUUGCUUUUUCAGCUAAGCAAACCUGAAAUCUGCUGCGGCAGUGGUGUCUUUAACUGUAUGAAGAAAGAAAACAUUUUAUGUCCUUUGUCUUA